CGGGGCAAGGAGACCUCUUCGGUCAGCGGACCGGCCAGCGGACGCGAUCGGACGGUGGCACGGGGACCCGCUCUCCGCAACCAUGGCCGGACCCUGCGCGUCGCUGCUUCCGCCGGCCCUCCUCCUCUGGUCCCUGGGGGUCGGGCUCGGCUGCCCGGGCCCAGAGGAGGACCGGGAGCUGGUCCUGGCCAAAGUGCGGACCCUGCUGCUGGAGGGGAUGGGGUCCGCGGACCCCGGGGACGCCGGGGACGACCAGGCCCGGGCUCGAACCCGGACCCGCCGCCACGAUCCCGGUCCCCGGGAGGGCCAGGGGGAGGAUUUGUCUCAGAUCAUUCUCUUCCCGGCCCCAGGCGUGGACUGCCGCGAGGAGCCGGAGUCCGGUGGAGCCAACCCGGGGCCCGACGGCCUCCUCGCCUACGUGUUCCGCCCGUCCCACUACACGCGCCGCCGCCGGCCCACCGCGGCCGAACUCUGGUUCUACACGGGUCCCCGAGGGGGCGGCCCGGGGGAGGCCAACGCCUCGGCCCCCGCCACCCUGCUGACCCCGUCCCCGGCCGGGGAGCCGGAGCCGGUCCUCGCGUCCCCGGGCCCGGCCGGCCCGGACUGGGCCGUGCUCCGCCUGGCCGCCCCCUCGCUCUCCCUCCUGAGCCGCCCCGCCCUCGUCCUCCUCCUGCGCUGCCCGGCCUGUCCCCGCCCGUCCGGGCCGGACACCUCGCCCUUCCUCACGGCCCACACCCGGGCCCGGGGCCCUUCCGAGGCCGGGCCGGCGGCCGGGGGAGCGGAGAGGGCCCGGCGGUCGCCUCACCCCCGAGGGCCGCCGGACCUCCUGCAGCUGCGGCCGGAGGAGCCCACCGCCCACCCCCGGUGUCGCAGGGCCUCCCUCAACAUCUCCUUCGAGGAGCUGGGCUGGGACAGGUGGAUCGUCCACCCGGCCAGCUUCCUCUUCCACUACUGCCAUGGUGACUGCGGGGAGGACCCGGGCCCGGCCCCCGUCCCCCUGCCCCGGCCCCCGGGGGUCCGGGCCUGCUGCGCCGCCCUGCCCGGCACCAUGAGGGCCCUGAGGGUCCGCACCACCUCGGAUGGGGGGGACUCCUUCAAGUACGAGACCGUCCCCAACAUGCUGGCUCAGCACUGCGCCUGCCUCUAGAACCUUCUCCCCCUCCGGACCCGGACCCCCUUGGGGGGGGAAGGGGGCUGGGUCCGCUGGCCCAAGCGCUUAGGACGGUGCCCCGCGCACGGUGAGCGCUCGGUCCAUGCCACCGAAUGAGCGAGCGAACGGAAGAGCCUUCCGCGGGACCCGGGUCCUGAUUCCGCCUCCGCCUCGGGCCUACCGUUGGUUUGGGUUUCUUCUGACGCAGGUGCUAAACACUCACCGCCGAGGCGCCGAUGUGGAAACGAGCACAUCGGGUCGGGCGCGGUGCCUGUCCCGCGUGGGGCCCACGGCCUUCGGCCCCAUUUUCCAGAGGAGGGCCACCGAGGCCCGGAGAAGCGCGGUG